GAGCACAAGCACCUGCGAGAUUUGACGUGACUUAGAAUUGUUAUGACGACGUGUAUACAAUUUCACGAUAUGAUGGCUCACCAAUAAAAAAUGAUUAAAAUUUUAUAAAAAUAAAAGAAAAUUUGUCCUCUGACAAGCUGUGAUGUCAGCUAAUGUCAUUAUGCCGACCAUUGAGGAGAGGGAAUCUUUAAUGAGAGAAAAAAAUCCAAAAUACACAGGAUUUACACCAAGACCAACAGAAAAACUUGCUUCGAGGAGAAAACCUAAAUCUAUGCUUGACAUUGAAUGUAGUCACUAUCUUAGGACAGACCAUGAACAAUUUGUACAUGGUCAUCCUCAUAUGGGAUAUAAACUAUGGUUGGAAGCAGGGAAGCAUGCACCACCAUUUCCUUUAAAUUCAGACUCAAAUUUCAACAGUAAUGUGUGGAGAAAUUUUAGAAAGGAAUAUGGGUUUCAUAAUACUGCUGAAGGAAGAAAAAUUGGGGAUAUAAUAGCAACAAUGUACCCAUUGAACAUUCCUGCUCCAUCUAGAGUUGGUGCUCAUACAUUUGAUAAAUAUUUACGGGAGUCUAAAGUAUUCAGAAAUGAAAAGUUUGAGGCUCUGGCAAUUAAUAGGACAAGAGCAGAUGUUAAAGAUUUCAAACGUUUACGAGUAAAAAGUGAUGCUCGAAAUCCACCACUCGAUGAGUUAGGCAAUAUUCUUCCACCAGAAAAUUUCAAGAAGUAUGAACACCGAUUUAUACCCCCACCACCAGCUCCACCGACGCCUCCACCAGCCAACCAGAAAAUAGAUUCAUUAGGACAGAAAUAUGUUCCACGUUCAGAACCAUUACUAUGGAAACUGUCUUACAAACUUAAUCAUCCAAGCUAUGAUAAAGUGAAUGAAGGAAUAAAAAAACGACGUGCAUUGGAAGAAAUGGCGAGAUUAAACCACCCUGAAGGUUCACCUUUACCACAAACAUUCCCGUCCCCAAUUCCUCAAAAUUUAUAACUAACGCUUCAAACUUUUAGUUAUUUUUACUAAGGAUUCUUAUGACUUGAUAUUGUUUAAGUUUUUAACUUAUAAUUGAAAAUGUUAAUAAACAAUUUACUUCAGUCAUAAGAUUAGAUGCUCUGUGAAUAGAGAUUGUUUCUGAAAAGAUGACAGUUUUCUAAUAGCACUGUGGUUCAGUCAACUGGCAAAUUUGAUUAAAUAUCUGAAUAAAUUUACCAUUUGAGUUUAAAAAAAAAUCUAGCAAAAGAGAAAAAAAUCACCAGUUAGAGUGAAAAUUACUAAUGUGUGUGAUUUGAAUUUAAUUAUGAUGACCACUUCUUCCUUAAUUAAAAAAUCUUUAUAAGGAUAGAAACAUCAUAAGGUUUACACAAAUUUAUUUUAUUGUCAUGAUUUACAUGUAUUUAUAAAUAGAUUUAAUAUUAAAGUAAAAAAAAUCAUAAAUUGACAGUAAAACUAUAAAUUUACAGCAACUUUCUUAUUUUCUAAUACACAAUUUUUUUAAUUACAAAAUGUACUAACCAAAUAUUUCCUGGCAUAAUACAUGUGUUUUUGUAGAUAUUAAUGCUGAAUUAAGAUGUUGUUUAAUUUGGGAUCAAGGGAGAUAAUUACAGUGUUUCUUUUAAAAUUGAAUUUUUCAUAUUAUGGAUAGCGUGUGUAAUCAUGAUGUAGAAUGAUGUACAUGUAGAUUGUAUUAUAUUGUUGGAAUUCAUUUAAUUAGAACAACUUUUUUGUUGAUGCAAUAUCUUUUCACAUUUUGUGAUUUAUGUUUUGAAAAUUGGCAUUUGAGAUGUUUUACAUUGUGUAAAAUAUUUUUUCUUGGUAUAGGGAAUGUUUUGUAAAUUAAAAAUAAUGUGGAAAACUUUUAAAAUAUUUUUAUAAUGUUGUAUUAUUAUGUCAGAUGUUUUAGCAGUUCAGAAAUAUGGUCAGUUUUGAUUUUAAACACACCAUCAAUAUUAUUAAUAUUUAAGAUUUUUUUACAACAAAUUUAUGUUUAACAAAUAACCAUCAAUAUGUAUUUUCUUAUUGUACUUUCUAAAAAAAAAAUUUCAAGAUCUAGAAAUAAAGGAUAAAAUCUUUAAUACAAAUUUAAACGAUGUUUCAUAGAUAAAAAUGAAAUAAAAUAGAUACAUUAGUAGAUGAUCAUUUGUCAAAAUUUCAAUAACUUAUCUGUCAAAAAUUUUUGUUGCCAAAAAUAAAUCAGUAUUAAAACCAUACAUGUAAGUCUUUUAUUAUAUAUAUACAUUAUAGGAUAUAAAUAUGUAACAAUUAUCAUAUUGGUCUUCCCUGUAUUUUCAAAUAGCACCAUAUGGUUUGAAAUGAAUCUGUUUCCAUAACAUUAUAACACUGAAUUUUAAAAAGAUUUCAUUUUAUAAUCUAUUCAAAUAGCAACAUAAUACAUGGGGAGAACGCUGAUUAUUAAUUAAAAAAUCAUCAUCCCAUAGUAUUUUAAGGAGAUUGAGGGGGAUCAGAUACUUAGCAUAUUUUCCCCAGAUAAUAAUUACUGCAAUAUAGUUGUUGUUGUUGUUUGCUUUAAAAUGAUUGAAUUGUUCUUUAAGAUGUUUUUUGUUAUGAUUGUAUUUUUCACAAGAUUGUUCAAGAGUGUGUUAAACUUUAUUUUUGUAAUUCUUUAAUUUCAUAAUUUUUUAAUUAGAUUUAUAGUGCUUUUAGUAAGAAUACUGCUGAUUAAGAUAAACUGUGAUAAAUAAGUAUUUGUUUGUAACAAAAGAUUGAAAUAGAACAUUUAUAAUACUUGGUUGAAAAUUUGUCAACUUUUUUUUAUAGAUUGCUUUUAAUUCUGUGAAACAGACAGUCUAAGUUAACAAUAUAAUUCUUCACUAUAGAAAAAUAUUAUGCAAACAAUUAAAAAAUCAUAAAGGAUUGAAAUAACACAUUAUACAUAUUUUAAAUGGAUUUGAAAUCUAGUUUUCCACAAUAAUAAAAAAAAAAGUAAUGAGUUAUCUCCCAUUUUCAGUAGUAAGCUUAUGUGUUAAUGGGAGUAUUAAGUUUGGUAAACUGAGAAUACAUUAGUGUUUUAGAAGUUUUAUUUUGGAAGAGUGAUUUUUUAAAUAAAAAAUAUGUUUCUUUUGGCUUUAAAUAGUUUCAAAUAUGGAACUGAAAAUUUAAAUUCAGUAUUUUGAAUUAUAUUUCAACCAAAAAAGAUAUUUUUAUCAACAACUAUGAGUCCAUGAUAUAGCCUUUUUGUUCUGAUGUGGAAUAAAGCAUUCAUCAAGCAAUCAAUUUUAUCAACAAUGAAUAACCUGCUGCUUUAUAAAUAAAAACACUAUAUGUAUAAAAUGUAACACUGUAUGUUUAGGUAAUUAAUAUGUGUGUUUUGCUCAGUAAACAGAUGUUAUUAACUAGUCCAAUAAUUAUGUGAUUGUUUUCAUCAGUGGUUAUCUAUGUCAUACAUAAAGGUACACAUACAUCAUACACCCUGUAAUUGAAAGUAUUGUUAAAAUAGAGACAAUCUGUCAUAUAUAGCAGAAAUAUAGUACUCAUUUGAAUCAAUUUUUAUCCCACACCUAGGGACAUAAUGUUUUUCGGUCCUCCAUCUUUCGCUCUCCAGGUGAAAGUGCUUGAUCAAGGUAGUUUUUGAUGAAGUUGAUAUUCCAAUCAACUUAAAACUUAGUUCACAAAAAGUGACAUGUUCCUAUAAUAUGAUCUUUUUAAUUUUAAUGCCAAUUUAAAGUGUGAUUGGUGCAUGCCUGUGUUAUUGACACAUAAUUGUUAUUUUUCUUUUCAAGAAUUUCUUUUUAUUAAAAGAACCAAGUUUAGUUUUAAACUGGUAGUCUUUGCAUGACACAGUAAAUCUUUAGUAGAUACUGAGUGACCGAGGCAUAAAGAGUCCCUUACUGCUGAGUGACCGAGGCAUAAAGAGUCCCUUACUGCUGACUGACUAGCCCUAUGUUCUAUAAACAGUAAAUCUUUAGUAGAUACUGAGUGACCGAGGCAUAAAGAGUCCCUUACUGCUGACUGAUUGCCCUAUGUUCUAUAAAUAGUAAAUCUUUAGUAGAUACUGAGUGACCGAGGCAUAAAGAGUCCCUUACUGCUGACUGACUAGCCCUAUGUUCUACAAAUAGUAAAUCUUUAGUAGAUACUGAGUGACCGAGGCAUAAAGAGUCCCUUACUGCUGACUGACUAGCCCUAUGUUCUACAAAUAUACAUGCUCCAAUGUUUAGAUUGUAUCCUUUAUAUGUAAUAUAGAUUCCAGUAUUUGUUUUUUUGCUGUUAUUGUUUUUGACAUAUUUAUAUUUUUACCUCAUAUUUUAACAUUCUUAUUCAUAUACAUUGUACUGCUGAAUAAACUAUUUUCUCUA